CCUCUUUUGAGCCCCCUUGACGUCCAUUCCUAGUUCCAUCUACAACUCGCGUGUGUAUGUGCAUUUCGAUUCUCGCUCGAUCCUACAACUUACGCACUGGCCUCAACUCAACCACCAGCCACGAUCAUUCUCGUAACCAGCACGCACGCAUUUGCUCGCAACGAGCAACCGCCGGUUGGGACGCGCGGCAGUAACCGCAUGCGACGAAUGCAGCAGUACUACUACGAGUACCACUCCUAGUAAUGUUCUCGUCACCGCAGCACCAUAAUGAGGUUCGGCUCGCGCCGCGCCGCCACUGCCGUGACCAGUGGCCACCACACGCGCGGCGGAGGCUUAGAGGACGCCGAUCAGCGGAAAAGCUAGCAGCUGUAGUCGAGGACUUUCGAGCAAGUCCGCCCUCUCUAGCCGUAGUCGUGCUGCUCCUACUCGGCUCCUCCGCUGCACGGGGCUCAAUCGGCGGCGCUGACGCGCGAGGCGACGGCCAUCGUGAUUCGAUCCGCAGCGGGAUUCGCGGGGAUCCUCCCGCCGGCGGGCAAGCAACGCCGCCAACGAUCCGGGCCGCAUUGAUCGGGCCGUCGAUCGGGCCGUCGAACCGGGCGUCGAAGCCGGCGCCGGCGCCGGCAACGCGCCUCGUGCUCCUGAGAAACAACUCGCUGGGCGCCAAAUGCCUUGACGGCAGUCCCCCAGGGUACUACUUCCGGCGCGGCAAGGGCGCGGGGCGGGCGAGCUGGCACGUGCACCUGCCGGUGGGCGCGUGGUGCCUGGACGAGCCCAGCUGCCUGCGCCGAUCACGCAGUCGCCUCGGCUCCACCACUUACUGGGCGGCUAACGCUGCUGCUGCUGCCGGCCGGCGCGGCAAGUCCUACCCGUCGUUCACGGGGCUGCUGUCACCCAGCAGCGGUGUCAACCCCGCCUUCCACGCGUGGAACCUCGUGUGGCUGGUGUACUGCGAUGGGGGCGGGUACACGAGCACGCGGGGGAGGGUCAACGUGGGGGGCAACAGGAGCGUGCACAUGGAUGGGUGGAAUAUAGUGCAGGCCGUGAUGCAAGACUUGAGACAGAAGCGUGGCAUGGCAGCACCAGCAAGGAUCCUUCUGUCUGGCAGCUCGGCGGGCGGGCAAGCAGUGGUGAUGCUGUGCGACCGCGUGGCUGCUGCCUUCCCUGCUGCCUCCACCAAGUGCUUCGCUGAUGCUGCAUUCCUCGCAGAUGCCAGGGACCGGUUUGGCCAGUAUCGGUGGCGGGACAUGGUGCGGCAGAUCGCCUCGCUCCACCAGAUAAACAUCCCCUCUUGUCCCAAAGGCGCCUCCUCAGAAGGCCCCUGGAUGUGCUUCUUCCCCCAGUACGCGCUGCCCACCGUUGCCACGCCCAUCUUCAUCUACCAGUCACUCUUCGACCUCACGCUCAUUGAGCACGGCAACCAGCUCGGCAGCAACCGGGUGUACAGUAUCAAGUGCCUCAAAGACGAGCUGUUUCAGCAGCAGCCGAAUGUGAGCUACCUAGUGGAGAGGAAGAUGUGGGACCAGGUGGCUUGGAAGGACCGGUUCUGUACGCCGGAGGAGAGGAUAGCGCUGCUUACUAUGGCGUCUACAGUCUACAGUGAGCUGCGGGAUAUAGUCACCGUGGGUAGCAGCACGGUUGGGGCUUAUAUAGUGAAUUCAUUAAACCAUGCUGUAAUUGCGUCAAAGGAUUGGGGAUCACUUAGCGUUAGAGGAAUGCGACUAAGGUCGGUCUUUACAAACUGGUAUUUGGAUUGGAGCAAGCAGAGUGUAUUCAUCGAUGAUUGAUGAUCAUAAUGAAAGAAAGCCAAUUUC